AUGAUUAAGUUUAGGCUUAAUAAUAUUUUAAAAUUUGAGAUCAUAGUUCUGCUAUUACUUGAUUUAAAUAUUGGUAUUCAGUCAAGCAAAAUAUUUUGUUGCAGAUAAAUUAUCGACAUUAAUUCUAUUAAAGGACUUUCUUUAUGGAAAAAGAAAAUGUAAUUAUUUUUUAAAAGGUACAAAAUAUUGAGAAUUUUUGACUAUGUUAUUGAUUUUACUGUUUUUUUUCUAAACAGGUCUAUGAAUAUUUACAAAUAUUUUCCCUGGCUUGUACUGUUUAAUGAUUCGAAAAAGUAAUUGAGAAUGUUCCUCUCAAUAAUCUAGUUAUAUUUUUUAAGAAUAAAAAAUUAUGAUCUCAAAGGAUAUAACACAAAAUAAUUAUUCGAAAGUUUACUAUACUAUUUCUAUAAGUAAAUCGCUUAGAAAUACAAAUUCAUUAAUAAAUUUUGA